AUGGGUAAUUCGCAAACUAAAGAAUCCCGUCCUCCUCUCAGUUCUUCCAAUCGCCGAAGUCAUCAAUGGGGUUCCUCUAGCAGUCACGGGAGAUCGCCGUACAGCGACCGGCAUCAUGCGGAAAGUUCCAGGUCUCGAGGUAGUAGACCAGACCUAUCUAUCCUUGGAAUCGGUGGGAGUUCCGAGAGGGAUGUGGCCACUCUUGAGCAUCGGAGAGAGACAAAGCAGGAGCGAGAAGCUCGUCGGCUAGAAAAGGAGCGGGCAGCUCGGGUCAAAGAACGAGAGCGUAGCAUGAGGGAAGAGCAUGUCGAUGGCGGUUAUCUGGUUACGCAGGGCGUAUACGUGGGCACUGAGGAUUUCAAUAAAGCAGUAACUCGGCAACUGAUGAUUGAGCGGAGACUCGCGCCGUUUUGGAGAGGACUGAAUGAUUUCUCGGAGUCGUGGACUGAGCAUCAACUGAUGGCAGCAGCGCGUGGCCUGCCAAUACCGCCACCAGACGAGAUUCCCCCGGAGCUGGAAUAUAAGAACCCGCCGAAAUUGACCGAAGAUGGGAAGGAGUCCAGCAUUCAACACUUGAUGGUGCCAAUUACGUCAAGGUCGCAAUCCUACGGGUCGGAAGCCUCGCAAUCAUCAACCCCGGCGCAUUCUCUGCCAACGCCCGUCUCUCCCAUAGCUUCCGGUACGUCGACCUCACCGUUGUUUCGAAGCCGGGCGAAAACCUUGGCUUCACUCACCACAUCCAAGCUUGGUUCUCAGAUCGAUUCGACGCCUAAGGAGAUACAUCUACCUAAAGACCCAUUUGUCAAUGGGCAGCCAAUAGAAGCAUAUCUUUAUAAAGAUGCAACCGAAUGUCCGAUAUGCUUCUUAUACUAUCCCCCUUACCUUAACCGCACGAGGUGUUGCGACCAGCCUAUCUGUUCGGAAUGCUUCGUUCAAAUUAAGCGGCCCGAUCCACAUCCGCCUGAACACGGAGAAGCGGAACCCAAUGCCACCACCACGGAGGGCGAUCGUCAGGACAAUCAAGACUGCCAACUAGUAUCUGAGCCUGCUGCAUGUCCAUUUUGUGUACAACCCGAAUUCGGAGUCACAUACAGUCCUCCACCGUUCCGCAGAGGGCUCGUUUACGCAACAGAUCCUACACUUCGGCCCAACUUUGCUUCUCCAGUGUCCUCGACGUCGUCUUUAGCUUCGGCCAAUGCGCCUCCAGGGACGGGUCGUCGGCGCGCUACCUCGCUGUCUGCCAAUGACCCUACGGUCAUCACGACAGACAGAGUUCGUCCUGAUUGGGCUCAAAAACUAGCGAAUGCCCGGGCUCAUGCUGCGCGAAGAUCCGCCGCGGCCACGGCUCUGCAUACCGCUGCAUAUUUAAUGAAUUCUAACGCAUCGGGGAAUGAAAGCAGAAAUUUCGGUCUUGGACGAAGAGGCGUAAUGCGGAGAGCUGGUCAAUCGGAGACUCCGAGCGCCUCGAGCCGCUCAGGCUCCCCAGCUCUACAGGCGCUUGCCUUUCUGACCGACAGACGUGCACCGGGACAUGAAACAGACUCCGCAGAAGAAGGCGCAGGGAAUCUAGCACCGCCUCGUAACAGCUCGAGACGGAACCGUAUUGAUGAUCUCGAAGAGAUGAUGAUGAUGGAAGCGAUCAGACUGAGCUUGGCUAGCGAGGAAGAGAGGCGCAAAAAGGCCGAGAAAGAGGCCAGGAAAGAAGCAAAGCGGCGCGAGAAGGAAAGCAAAAAGGCAGAGAAGGCUGCGCGCAAGCAUGGGUUCUACAGCAACAAUGCUAGCAGCUCCGCGUUGGACGUUCCUUCCGAUGCCCGACUUGGAAGGGUCACGAGCAGCUCCUCCUCGAUAACUGGCGAGGAUGCAUCUCCAGGCAAGGGUAAGGAAGUGGAUCGCGCAUCGCCAUCUGCUACCGCUGCUUCCUCGCAGUCAAGUACCGAAAUCGCCUCUGAUUCUAUGACCAUCAACCCGCACCCAAACGUGGUGGAACAUGGAUCAAGCGCGCAGUCUUCGAUGGCUCAGCCCUCGCCGCGCGAGCCGCCAAAACCAUCGCAUCUGCGUCAGGUAUCCAGUGCAUCCUCAUCAUUCUCAUCACUUGUUGAGUCAACGGGAGAAGAUCACAGUGGGCCUUACGAUGGCAAUGCUUCGUCCACCGAGCCGCUGUUCAACUUCCGCAGCUUAGCUGCUGUUAUCGGAGAUGAAGACAAAGGCGAUGAAACUGCAGAGCAUGUGGAAGAUACUUCAUCAAAACCGAGCGCCGAGGGGUCUGCUUCCAGCGCUGCGCCUGUGGCCGAUGAGAUGCCUGGCCACUCCACUGCGCCUGCUGACCCGAUAGCUGUGGGAACCGUCGCAGAGGACCGGGACUGCUUGAUGCCCAAGGAACUCGAGACUCGGUCGGUGGAGAUUACCAGCGCCACGCGAAAUGCCGAGGCAACAACUUGA